GAAAGCAACAGGCUAAAAAUGGGGGAUCCGCUUCGGAAAUAUGGAAUGUUCCGUUGUUGUAUUAACUGAUGUAGGGCAAUAAUUGUAUGCCUUGGGAAGAUAAUGGCUUGGAUUUUUAUUCACAUCUUUGUAAUAUAUGUGUUGUGUUCUGGACUUUCCUUAGGUUUAGAAAUUUACUUCAGUGAUCCAAAUGAUGGAUAUUUUUUGAAAUCAAUUUAUCAUAAAAAACAGUCGUGGGAUCCUUUGACUCGGAAGGAGGAUUUUGUAGUCACGAGGCCCUCUGAGGGUUAUGUGUUAGGAGUAAGGAGUGGUCCUUAUGAAAAGGAGCAAGUGAUUCCUCAGGAUAUAUCCAGCAUCUACCCAAACCUUGACCAUGUGGACAAACCGAUACAUCAUGGCACUGUGUUUGGGAUGGAUGUUUCAGCAAAAGUGGUCACAAACAGCCUUUCUCCAAAAUAUCCCCGACUUCAAGUUCUGAUUCAUGCCAGUCCUCACAUAAACAGUAGGAAGUGGGACCGCCCCGCCAAAGAAACAGAUCCCUCUAAGCUGGCUGUUGAUGGGCUCUGUGGCCACGUGUUUGUCCAGCAUGACAAGGAGGAACUGUCCUCCAUCUGUGUUCUCGGAACAGGGGACAGUGCUUGUGUCAAUGGUAUUAUGUUUCCCACAUCGUGGUGGCAUGAAAACUCUACAGUGCAAGUGUACUAUGCAUUUUCUCAGAAGGGAGAAAACCAGGAGUGUGCCAGUGCAUCAAACUCUAUCGUGCCAGGAAGGUUGUUUGAGAAACCUGUCAUAAGCAGUAGGCGGUUUCUUGCAGACAUUGUGUUGUCUAAAGAUGUGAAAGGUUUUUACAGGGAGAGAGAGGAGGAUAUAUUGAUUGAUGUUCCAACCAAUGCAUUUGAUCCAGGCACAGUUUUUGAAGUCCCAGUGAAAUUUGAUGCAGGGUCUGACAUGAGAAAUCUUGUAAUGAGUGCUCGAGUGAGACAGGGACUAAUGAUUAUUGGAGCAGAGGCAGAUCAGAAUAGUCCAUGGCAAGUUCAUGUGGACGUAGAUGAAAAUGAAAAGGCAGCCACUGUAACAGCUUAUCUCAAAGAUCCACUGAACUAUAGAGUUUCUAAUGUAGUUCAGGAUGUGUUUGCUUGGAGGUUACAAGUGGAGCCGUCAGUUAGAAAUAUAGAGGCGGGAAGGGUGGUUUGGAGCAUCAAAUAUGAGAAAGAUAGUAGAGGAGAGAGGUACCUUCCCUCAGAGAGCCAAGUGAUAUCAAAGAUUAACCUCAGGGACAAAGAGAAUGCAAGGCUGGUCACUGUUCUAAAGGUGGACGAAAUUUUGAAUUUUGCAGUGUUAACAGGUAAAACACAGAGCUAUCCACUACAUGUGUAUCUAGUGAGAGACGCGGAUUCCCUAUUCAAUGCAGUGGGACAUGCUGCUUGUCACUCAAAGCAGACUGAUGUUUUAAAGGUGGCUACGGACUGUUCGUACAUCUAUGUCAAUGGGUCUGAAAGUCGAGGCUCACACAAUGUAACCAUUAUAACCAAAUCAGGCCAGCACACUGCCUUUACCAAUGUUAAGGUCUGGAUUCCUAUGAACCCUCUAGAUAUUCAAGUUUCUGACAGUAAACUCAGCAGAAUUCGUUCCUGGAAAGUUGGCUCUGUCAGAAGCAAAAGGAGAUCAAGACAGAAGCGAGUUGUAGAUCUAGGGAUGCUUACUCACCCCAGUGUCAUCCUCAGUAAGAAAUACAAACAGUAUGGCAAGAGCUGUCAGCUACGUCUUCAGCAGGCCUUGGUUGAUGUGUACGCCAAGUUCUAUAUAGCGACUCCAGCCGGAUAUGAUUACUUUGUCAACAGACAAGCUGCCUUGAAAAUUACAGACCUGAUGGAGAAUCAGUUACGUGUAGCUGACCCAAGAAUUGUUAGCUUGGAGAACAAGGUCCUUCAGGGUCAGAGUCCAGGCUUAACUGAAAUCCAGGUAACAUCAGCCAAUGGGAGAGUACUAGCAGCUCGAGUUGUUCGGGUUGGUAAUGACAAAGUCGAAAUAGAGAGACUGAUUGUCAACCUAGUGACAGGAAUCACUCUAGAUGUGUAUCCCUCCAAAGAAAUCUCCGGGGCCUGGUCAGCUAGAGGCCACAUCUACAGCAAAUUCCAAACCCAGUGGCAGAGUGGAAUAUUGGACAUACAUAUUGAAUUCAGCGAUGGAACACGAUUCCCAUUGGACAGAGUAUCAGAUACAGACUACUAUCUAGAAGUGGUAAACAGAAACCAUAUUCUAAUUAAAGUUAUUGGAAACUUUGUCAGUAACCUCUCUAAAAUAAAAGUAUAUGCUGUUUCUGAUGGCAGAGCAGAAUCCAUUAAAGUAUCUUUAAAACAAGGGGAAAGCUGUCCCAAGAAAAAGAUGCCAACCCUUUCGUCUGGAUACGUAAUAACAGAGGCUGAUUUCUCCGAAGCUAACCAGGUUCAGAGUGACCGUUUGAUCAGUGAUGGUCACUUUGGGGACAACAGGGCCAGUGACAGGUAUGACAAUUUCUACGCACCACGCAAACCUAAAGAUCUAGAUAAACUUGUCAAACAUCAACAAAGUCACAAAGAUCAUGAUGAAAAGAGCAAGAAAGUAUCUAAUGCAAAUCCCAAUUCACAAACUGUUGUUGUUUUAAAUGAACUGGAAAAAGACCUUGCCAAAAGUAAUCCACAGAUUCAGGACUUGUCUAACAUGAACUCUCCAACAAGAAAGGAACCUUUACAGAGUCCCGACAAAUCUAAGUUAUCUCCAUUAGAGAUUGGUAUGUAUGUACUUAUUGCUGUAUUCUGCGUUGGUAUUUCUGUGUUUCUCAUCAACUGCAUAGUGUUUAUGGUGAGACACAAAAAGAAGAGGAAGAUCCACAAGAGAAAUCACAAGGAACCUGUCUACCAGGCUAAGGAUUGGGUAUGGAUCGGUAGAGCCACCUUAGAACGCAGCUCUGUAAAGACCGAGUGUUCGCAGUCUCUGAUGCCCGCGGAGGAUUUCAAUGGAAACCAUACCAACCAUUUACGUUCUACUUCCAGUCAGAGCAGAUCUGCUUCAAGCCGCGGAAACAGUGCCAACAGCAGUAAUCGCAACAGCUUUGUAUCUACAAUCAAAGGAUCUGAGUGCAGCAUUCGUAUCACUGCUAACCCUCUGUCAGAAGAUGCCAACAGUAAUGGUCAUCGUAACAGUGACACGGCCAGCCAGUCUUCUAACUCUGUCCCUGACAGUAAGUGGGAUUAUGAGGCUAUGGGGUUGACUUUUGAUCAGUUGGCUGAUUAUUUUGACAAUCUUAAGGAGUCCUCAGCUUAGUGAUUUGUGUGUUAGAUAAUGUACACACCUGUAAUAACUGUUUAUUUAUGACGUGUACGUUUACAUAUGUGAUAUUCAUUUUAUUUAAAAGAACCCCAACUUACAUUGGCAUUGAUAUGAUUUUAUAUCACUUCUUAUAUCAGUUUAUUGUUUCUAUUGAUUUAUUCUUGUUUAUCAUGUUUAUAUAUACAUUUAUAUUGAAUUGUUUAUAUGUCAAUAUUUUUUCCCACCUGCUAUAUAUCUUUUAGUUUGUCUUAUUGUUUUAGAGGUUGUUACCGAUUUUCAAAGUUAAUGUAAAACAGAGGCAUUUUUUUAAUGUUAUAUUUUCGAUAUUUGAUAUUUUUCUUGCAAUAUGCUUGCCAUUGUAGUCACUUAAUUUGUCCCAAGUAUAGCCUUGGUCCCUAAAGUUUGAUAAAGGUGUCCAGUUUGUGGACAAAUGUUUCUAAUAUUUAAAGCAUAAAAGGUGUCAUGUAGGAGAAGAUACAGUAAAACUCAUUUUGUACAAAAACAGAUAUGGCAGGGAAGUUUUUUUCUGAAUUUUCUGCAAAAUUAACACUUAACAAAUUAAAAAAUAUAUAUAUAUAUAGUUUGAUACAAAGAGGUUUAAACUCUGAGUUAACAGAUUUAUGAAUAUAUGAAACUAAUUUUGUGUCCCUUUUUAUACCAAAUUUUAAAGUUUUUAAGAAAAUAUUGAACCAAAUUUAGUUUUCAUAACUUUGAACCAAAUUUAGUUUUCAUAAUUUAUUUAUGAAAGAAAUUCUGUAAAUUGAGUUAUUUCAUUUUUCUUUUCAUUGUACAUGUAUUAAAUGCUACCUGUAAAGAGAUGUGUAAAAUAAUGUCCUUAUGAAAGCAUAGUUUGGCAUUUGUAAUUAAGGAGAUAAAAGCAUGGGAUGGGAUAAAAGCAUUUUCAUAAAUUUCAAAUUUUAAUUUGAGAUUCUGUUUAAAAAUGGUUGAGGUAUACUAGAGCUUAGACUGCUCUAGAGAUAAAUAAGUUAACUUUGUUGAAAGAAUGCAUCCAGGAUUCAGAAACAUCAAAGCUGAAUUGCCAAAGAAGGUUAUGAAGUUUGGAGCUGGCAAUAGUCUUAUUUGCAUGUAAAUGUCACUACAAAUUUUCAACUUCCACAAUUUAUGAUUUUUUUAAUAAAUGUUGAAUUAGUAUUGCAGGGGUAGACCUUUUAUUUAUUCAAGUCAUGUAUUUCAACUAUAGCAAUGUAUUGUGUUCAGCUAGAAUCUCUGUUAUAGGAAUGACAUUUGAUGUCCUGUGUUUAUUUUAGAUAGUUGUAGUAGUUUUAGCAGAUUGGCUUAAAUCAGAUGGUGCAUUUCCCCUUAUGUAUGAGUAUAUAUACAUAGAGUAAUAAACUUUGGAAUUUAUUGAAGGAAUUGUAAAAAGCUUUUAAUCAACAUUUUUGAUACACUUGAUUGUUACUUUUGAAAAGUAUUAAUUCAUGUUGAGGGUACAGCAGAUAAAGUUUGAAUAUUAUAUCUUCUGCCACAUUGUUGCAGGACAAAGUUAAGAUAAAUAAUGCAUUAUUUGGUCAUUCAGACUCGUUUUUGAUGAAACAGUCUCAUUGGGUCAGUGUUUAUGUAUUUUCUUUUUUUUUUUUUUUUUGGUGCUAGCAUUUAUGUUAAAGCUUGAAUCUCAGUUAUUCAGUUAUUCAUUUUGAAGCUAUUGGACAUAUUCAUAACUAAAACAGCAUUGAAAGUGAUAAACUAAAUUUGAAAUAGCUAAAAAUUAAUUCUGUACUAUGAAAAUGUUCUGUCAUCUGUGAUGAAAUUUACUUUUUUUCAGCAAGCUUGCUUUAAAAACGGAUAUUUAAUGUUGUGAAAAUCACCAAAGCUUUAUAUAAAUGUUCAAUAAUCUGACAUUUUUGUCAAGUACAUUGUAUGUCAUGUGUGAUUUUCUUCUAAGAAAUGUAGAAUUGGUUGUUAAUUUCCCUUAAUGUGAAUUAUUUUAAAAUUAAAUUAUUACAGAAAUUUA